GCUCUGUCUUUCUCUCUCUCCAUACAUCAGUAUGUGUUUAGCACUGCACGCGCACUGGAGCCCGUGAGCAGAGACGAGACUCGUUUAGUAUUCAGUGCACAAGGCAAAGGAGGGAGAAGAGAGGGAGGGCAGAGAGUGAAAUAGAGUGAAAAAACGAGCCUGUGAAGACAAGCGAAAACACCGAAAGAGAGGAGGAAGAGGGGAGCGGAGAGACACCUCCUCUGUCCCUCUCGGUCUACCCUUUGGUAUUCUUCUAUCCCAGGCAGUUUCAGAGCUCCUAGAACAUUCCAGAAAUACAUCCAUGGACCACAAUGAGCCGUAAAGCUUGAAUGGAAUAACAAAGAGAGAAACUUCGUGAACAUAGGCCAUACAUUUCGAAUUCAAGCCUGCCCUGAUGCUGCUUUAAGGACUGGGCCUGCAAACACUUCCCUCCGCCCUGACUGAUGAUUUAACUGAGAGUAAUAGUCUGCAAAAUCUUGGCUAUGCUUUCUGAACAACAGACCUUAAUAUAGUCUUGCAGUUUAUCCAUUGAGCAAAUUCUUAAUAUCUAUGUGAAUUGAAUUGGUUUUGACCUUCUUCACCAUGACUAGGACUCAGGGAUUUUGUUUUCAUCCUUUAUAACAAGUAUGUGGAGAAAAAAAACAUCUUGAGCCUAUGUUAUUAUUAACCGCUAAAGUUUUCAAUUAACGGGUCUAAAGAGACCGUCGAAACUUUGUCCUUCAGCUCCUUUAUUAUCGGAAUCGGCAGAAAGUGGCCAGACACACCCUCUCCGCUCGGGCGCCGUCCAGCUGGUGUGGGCGGUAAGAGCUGCGCCACGAUUGGUUGAGUGCAGGGUGAGUGUGCGAUGCGGAUUGGAGGAUGUCGGGGGACUGGGAAGACGACCUUUGUAAGAAGGCGUUGGUGCUGGUGGAGGAACUGUGCUUCCGGUCUGGAGGCUUGAGCCAGAGUGCCAGCUGUCAAGAAUUCAGCUACAUGAUGAGAGGACCUAACGGACAGCUGAACACAGAGAUCUCCGUGAGUCUGCUCUCCGUCAUUGUAACGUUCUGUGGCAUCGUGCUGCUGUCUGUCUCUCUCUUCGUCUCAUGGAAGCUCUGCUGGUUGCCGUGGAGAGAUAAGGAAGGCGGGGGUCUGAGCUUGACGUCUGGGCUCCUGCCCGGCGGUGCCGGUCUGGGUGGGGUUGGAGGUGGAGGGGGUGCCUCUCUCCUUCCUCCCUUGUUGCAGAGGAAAGAUACUCACUCCUCUACCUCGCUGUAUCCCUCGCUCUCACAGCAUGGGCAGCAUCACCCCCAUUUCUCCGACCUAAUGGGGGUGGAGGGCGGAGGGGGGCUGGUCGUGGGGGGUGUGGUUGGAGGUCCACAGGAGAUGCAGGAGCAUUCUUACCUAGACAUGGACUCUUAUCCUAACAAUGCUGCAAACCUUAAGUUGAGCCAGACAUCUCCCGAGUUGCCCCCUGCAACAGAAGGAGGCUCAGCUGCGAAAGAUCUGCCCAAUGCCCACACCCAGCAGCAGGUCACCACCAGGCCCAAGCCCAUGACUCACCAGUUAUCCAGCCCUGAUUUCCAUGGUGAGGAGAAGAGUGAGCAGCUGACCAGCAUCGGGCAGAUCAAACCAGAACUUUACCGGCUGCGCCAGGGAGACCAGGGGGAUGGCAAGCAAGGCGACACCUGCGGCAAAAUCAGCUUCCUCCUACGCUACGCCUUCAACACGGAGCAGCUGGUGGUUAAGAUACUGAAAGCCCUGGACCUCCCGGCGAAGGAUGCCAAUGGUUUCUCGGAUCCUUAUGUCAAGAUCUACUUACUGCCUGAUAGGAAGAAGAAAUUUCAGACCAAGGUGCACAGAAAAACUCUCAACCCGGUUUUUAAUGAGACGUUCCAGUUCGGCGUGCCACUGGGAGAGCUGCACUCGCGCAAGCUCCACUUCUCCGUCUACGACUUUGAUCGUUUCUCCAGACAUGACCUCAUAGGUCAAGUGGUGGUGGAUAACCUGCUGGACUUCAGCGAGGGCACCGGGGAGAAGCCAGUUUGGAGAGACAUCAUAGAAGGAACCACGGAGAAAGCUGACCUGGGCGAGCUGAACUUCUCACUGUGUUACCUGCCAACAGCUGGCAGACUGACCGUCACCAUCAUUAAGGCCACCAAUCUGAAAGCCAUGGACCUCACGGGCUUCUCAGAUCCAUAUGUAAAGGCAUCUCUGGUUUGUGAAGGUCGAAGGCUGAAAAAGAGGAAGACGUCCAUAAAGAAGAAUACUCUCAAUCCUACGUAUAAUGAGGCUCUGGUCUUUGAUAUCCCCAACGAGAACAUUGACAAUGUGUCGCUCAUCAUCGCCGUCAUGGACUACGACUGUAUUGGUCAUAAUGAGGUGAUCGGGAUGUGCCGUGUGGGCAGUGAUGCUGAUGGACCGGGAAGGGAGCACUGGACAGCCAUGCUGGCGAAUCCCCGCAAGCCCAUUGAACACUGGCACCAGCUGGUGGAGGAAAAAUCCAUAAAUGCAUAUGUGUCAAAGAGCGCCACAGCCUCCCCUAAGCCACACAUAGUGGUGGACAGCCCUCACUCUGAGUAGAGAUGUCAGCAUUAUCUCUUUUCAUUUGUGAAUAAUAUUUUAUCAAGAAAGAACCAGAGAAGAGACUGUGCCUGUGUUAGUGCUUCUCCUCUAAAUCAUCCCUGCAGACCCAACACAAUAUAUCGAAAAAUUACUAGACUAGACCAGACACAAAUCACACACACACACACACACACACACACACACAAACAUACAUGUACAUUGAAUAGUAUCAGAAUAACUGGCAUGGAUGGUUUUGCUUCAGGAAUGAUGUUAAAGUCAAAAUAUGUCAUGAUUUAUUCAGGGGAUAUAUGAAAAUAAACAUUCCCACUUUAAAUAGAUAAUCUUUAUUUAGUUAUUUGAAACUGAGCCUACAAAAAAAGAGAUUUUAAAUACUUAAAAAAAAUACAAAUAAACAAAAUAAUCAGGAGAGACCUGAUAGAUUAUGGACCACGAAUGUUUCUGUGUAUGUGUGAGUGCAUGUGUGUACGUGAGUUUGUACGGGUGUCUGUGUGUAGCUAUAGAAAAUCUCUACAAGGUGUUUUCAGUCUGACAAGUAGCUGCAAGUUCUUGGAAUGGUCUUCUCUGCCAAGGCAGAAUCCUCGCAACUGUUUCCUGUUUCUCUGGAGAGGAGGACUACUUUAUGACCUUUCCCAUCUGGAGAAGGAGAAAUAAGGACGGAUACAUUAGCCAAAUUGUGUUGUGCAGUAUUGAAAUGUGUCCCUCUGCCUUUUACAUUUUUAUCACCUUCUGCUUGGAGCUCAAUGAGAUCAGCAGUGUUUCUUUUUUUCAUUCGUUUACUAGAGUCCAACCAUUCUUCUUGUUCUACCAGAUACUGAAUGAAACGAUUGGAGAGUAUGUUUCCCUGACAUGGACACCCUGGCAGACUGAAUCCCAUCGAGAACUCUUCCAAAGGGAGCUAUCCUUGAUUUCAAACAUUGCCAGAGGACCCUAACUGAGAAGGACAUUGGAAUUGUGUGCAUUUUCUGGAGACAUAUCCUAUGGGGAAAAGAUCUGGCCAUAGUAUUUUAUUUUUAUACCAUGCCAAGAUUUUUUUUUUUUUUUCUCUUAAGACAUUUUUAAUUUCAAAAGAGGAAGUGUGUGCUCUCCAUCAUCCUUCUGCCAAGAGGACAGCUUUGGAAAGACACACACGUUCAUCCUCUUUCUCCUUCCGGGUAUCCUAUGUGUUUGUAGGAUUUGUGCUCUUUUGUGUCUUUUUUGCUCGUUGGUUUGUGUGUGUGCGUGUAUGCCUGUGUGUCAGUAUCUGUCACCGUGACCCUGAGUAUGUCUCCACUUCCCGUCCUUUGUCCUUGCACAGAGAAAAUCUCAUUUUGAACAAUCAAGUGUCUUCUGUCCUGUGUCUUAGAGGAACUAUUUCUUGUGUAGGACCUGUUGCACUUGGUAGGGACAGGGUCUAUUUCUCAGAUGCGUUUUUCAGUUGUUAUCUGUCGAAUGUGAUAGUGACCCGUCUCUGUUGUGUCCCUAACCAGCUCGUCACUGAAACGUGUCCCUAGCUUGAUCUGUGUUCUCGUGUUGGGUGUGCUUUUCUUUUUCUGUAAAUGUGCUCUGUGUGUACGAGGGGACAAACCUGGUGGCCACAGCUUUUGAGGAAUAAAAUGUUGUACGUUUUUCCAGAAAAGGGUGGGGGGGGGGGGUGAGACAAACUGGUUCUGUUCAUCUCUUUCGGCUAAUGUGACUAUCUUUUCUGUCUGAGCAUUCCUUGCAAAAAGAGACAAAAAGGGGGGCACGUCUUUUAUCAUUUUAGAGCCACAUUACUUCAAUAAUUUUACAUUACAAACCGACUUCAGAGGGUUUUUUUUUUUCAAAUAGAAAAAUAUAUAUUUCUUUCAGAAGGUCACUGCUUCUCUAGUGAGAAAUAUUAUAGUGGCCAAAGCACUCAAUUCACAUACCCUCGAUAUCCAGGGUCACUGCCUCUAUUAAAAAGAAAUUCCACCCAGAAAGGAAAAAUCUGUCAUUUACUCACCCGCAUGCCUUUCCAAACCUGUAAGAGUUUAAUCUGUGGAACCCCAAAUCAAUUUUUCCUCACAAAAUCCUUAUGCAGUGAAAUCCAAUGGGAUGCAGUGUUGUUGUUUUGGACACCUUUUGCUUUCGUUUAAAACAUUCUUCAAAAUAUCAGAAAAAAGAAAGAAAGUCAUGCAGGUUUGAAAUGACGUGACAGUGCAUAAAUGAUGGCAGAAUUUUCUAUUUUAGAUGGACUAUCUCUUUAAUAUCGCAGUUCAACCACUGCCAAUGCUACCACACAUAUCCCUCAAUGAAGGAAUACUGCAUUACCAAUCACUAACACUCAUGUUAUUGAAAUACACAUCAGUAUAAUUAUUUCCCACUGUACCCCCCUGAGCUUGUUUUUCUGUUUCCAUUAUUAAUCACAUGUCAGGCCUUGGAUGUGCACACACACAUAAUCUCGCCGGUGUGUGCUCAUUCCUUAGUCUGUUAUCGUAUAUCAGCACUUGUUGUUUUCUAAGAGGCCAUUGAUUCUGUCAUCCAUGUGGAUGUGGUAUCGACCCACUGUCUUCAGCUCCUGUCUCCAGGUCCAUCUCUUCUGCUGCCUUAGAUCUUACACUGUGGAGGCACAAUCCCUGUAGAGUGACCUCUGACCCCUUCAUCAGUUUCCACAGGUAUAGACUUUGACGAUAGCUUUCUCUUCGCAGGCCAUAUUUUUCUCUGUCUGUCUCCCCUCUUUCCUCUGUCUCUCUGUGUCAGUGCAAUUCUGAAUGAUCCUGAGGAAAUGUGUUUGCAUGCUUAUAUUAACAUGGAUGAUGUCAACUUGAUGCAAUGAUAAUUUAAUAAGUGAUGCUCAACACACACACAAAAAACUGACAAAGAACUUGAUACUAACACCACUAAUGACAAACAUGUUGACCUAGCAACCUGUUCGAUAUCAUCAAAGCAUUGAUGAUUAAUGUUGUUAAUAUUGUAUAUCCUCUUUGAGAUGGUAUUACAGUUUCUGGAUAUAUUUUUCUUUGUUUGUUUGCUUUUUUAGUUUUCUUUGAAAAGGUUUACUUUUUUAUAUGUUCAGAUUAAGCUGAGACUUAGAGCAAGAUAAAAAUGAAA